UUUACCGGGGCGGGACGCGGAAGUGGAAGGAAAGUAAUAAGCGGGAGCUGACUGGAUCAGAAGCAGACAUUAAACGGGGAGAAAGGAAGAGUCUUCGUUGAUAGUUUUUAUUUUGUAGUUCAAAAUAAAGCUAUAAAAAUAAUUGUUUAUGGUUUUAUUUUAUAGUUCUUAUUUUUAAAAACUAUACCAUAAAGUGUUUUUGGAACUGGUAGCACAGAGCGGGGAACACCUGAUUUGGUGGCGUCAUGGCAACAGGGGGUAAAGAUGACCCCUUGAAGCCCAAUCGGAAAAGUCCCAGUCAAGAUGAGUUGCACACAGACCCAGAGGAAGAGGUGGUGCAGGAAGCAGAGGCGGUGUUUUGCAGCUAUGUGCGGUACCGUUACCACCAGGAGAUGGAGCAGGGCGAACAGUCUACACCCAACCCAGAGAUCGUAGCAUUGCAGCCAGAUGAGAGCAGUCCCAUGUGCCGUGUGGGCCAGCAGCUGGCCAUCAUCGGUGACGACAUCAACAGGCGGUAUGACUUCUCGGGCAUGCUGUCCCAGCUUGCCUUGACGCCUGACAAUGCCUACGACUACUUCUGCAAGAUUGCCAACAGCCUGUUUGAUUCUGGGAUAAACUGGGGCCGUGUGAUCGCACUGCUCAGCUUCGGCUACCGCAUGGCACUGCACGUCUUUCAGCAGGGCAUCACUGGCUUCCUGUCCAGCAUCGCACACUUCAUUGGCGACUACCUCCUGCGGAACCGCAUCGCCCAGUGGAUCGCGCAGCAGGGAGGCUGGGUUGCUGCUCUCGAUCUGGACAAUGUCUACGUGAACUACAUGAUGGCCCUGCUGGCUGUGGUGCUCAUAGGCCAGUUUGUCUACCGCAGGUUUUUCAGCUGAGGGCUGGAGCCCUGGCAGGAAGCCUCACCUCUCACUGUGACCACUCAGCUCAGGAACCACCUUCCAGGGAAUGUGGGAUGGACAGACAGGGUAGCGGGUUGCUGCUGGUGCCCCUUCGUUCUGCCACUGCUCCUCUGCAGAACGAGACAAUCGGAGCUCAUUUAGUUUGCUUAUCUAAAAUCUGCUGAAAUUUAAAAUCUACAUCUGUACUUGUCCUUGGUUUUUGAGGACCCACCUGUCAUCCACACAUUCUAAGUACACUCUCUUACCUUAGUUUUUUGAAUAUCUCCUGUCCUACCCAGACCCUUAAUGCGCACGCAUUUUCCCCAUCCACCCUUCAUCUUGCAUGUGUUUGGUAGAGAUCCUGUCCCUCUUACACUCCGACGCAGUGCCAAACUCUGCUCACUCUUAAGGCAUCUUUGCACACCAGGCACUGCAGGUCUGAAUAUCUUCGGCAGCUGUGUCAUCCCUCAGAAGACUGGACACCUGCCUCAGACCUUUUGGGAGGGAUAGAAUUAGCGCAGGGGUUCCUGGUGUGCUUGCACGGGGGAAUCGCAAUGGCCGUUAUCAUGUGGGUGUUUGUUAUAGUCUCAGAGGGAAGGUCCCGGGCCAUCGUGUCUGUGGAAGUGCUGUAUGAUUAUUCGUGAAAUGCUUCUUAUUUACAGCACGAAGAACCAUGUUGAACACUAAUUCAAAUGCCACAUAUGAAAGAUUCAUUGCCUCUGACCUGUAUUUGCCAUGUAAUAUAUUGGGGGUUUUUUUUAGGCUUUUUUUUUUUUUUUUUAAAUCCUUACGUUUUACCCCUAGCCCCCUCCCCCCAAUUCCAAAUUGAUAAUCCAGAAUGUCUCCAGUACCUCAGCUAGAUGAUACAGGGUAGUCCAUAUUUCCUAAAAUUUGAUCAGUAAACUUGUGAUUGUGUGUUUAUAUAAUAUAUAUAUAUAUAUUACUGAGGGACUCUAGGAUUUUUUUCUGCCAUGCUGUGCAAAUAAAGGACUUUAUUUGAAUACCCAGUUUAAAGAAGUAAAAAGUGACAUGAAUUCAACAAAUGAGAGGGAAACAUUGAGCAUUUUCCUCAGAUUUCUUUCCAAAAACAUCACUCCCUUUUUUAAGUAUGACUGUGAUGAUAUGCAACCUUCUGUGAAACAUUUUAUCGGUUUAAAAUUAUUGCAAAACAGUUCAAUCCCUGUGGCUUUACACCAGAAAUAAAGUAAUGGUUCUUGUAUCUGUUUUGGGCCAGAAGUGGUUUCUAGUG